CUUAACAUCACUCGUCGCUGGCUCUGCCUCUCUCCCUCUCCGCCGUAAUUGAAGCCUCGCUCUGUGAUCUAGCACUCUCUCAACCCCCACUCUCCCAAACCCUCACUCAUCGCUGCCUCUCCAUCUCUCAACCCCUCACUGCCGCAUCCCUCACCUCAAUCGCGUUUAGCUCCCUCCCUGGAAAAAAAGUUCUUUGUUUACUUACAGCUCAGAACAAGUAUAAGGCAAGGGAUACACGAGACUGGUACUAGAUUAGUAGAUUUGGUGAUCUUGCGGUUCCUCCAAAUCAUCCUGCUAGUUCUUUGUUCGCUGCUGCCACCACACCUCUCAUUCUGCUGCUGUGGUACUGCUCCGCUGCUACUCUGCCUAGCCAUCUGCUGCAUUCACUUAUUUUCUCAGCAGCUUAUUGACAGUUCUCUGUUCACUUUCGCACCAGCUGAUCCUCUUUGAUUCUGCUGCUUUGCUGCUGAGACGCUGCUCUGCUGCUAUACUUAGCCAUUUGCCUAGAGUUAUCAACCAAUCUGUGGCUAAUGCCGGACCCCUUAGUAGAUCUCGAACAGGCUCUUCGCCUCAAAAGGGAAAAAUUGACAGCUGAGGAGGCAAAUUUUCUUGUAUCAUAUAGAUACAAAGCUCUGAAUGAAUUUGCUACUGCAUUUGCUGGGGGUGCUGCUACCUGGGCAGCAACUUGGAAGCUCUGGAAACCAUUUCGAGUCUACCUUUCAGCAGGAGCAGGAGCUUUCUCAGGGAUGUGGAUGUUUUGGAGAUCCUGGUAUUCUUCUAUAGAUCAGAUUCUUUCCAUGGAUGGCAGUAUAUUACAGAAGGAGUUAGCAAAUAUAUUGCUAACAAAGUACCCGACUGAUACUUAUCCACUUCUAAAGCCAAUUAUGUCAAAGCACUUCUAUGUAGAGAGGAUUUUUGAUGAUUCAACCCCCAAUACAGCCAAGUUAAGAUGGCGAUACCGGAAUUUCUAUAGUGAUAAUGCAGUCCAUGGUCACAGGGCACACGAUAAUGAUUCUAAUGCUAAAACCGAAGGCAACUCUCCCAAUGGUUCACAUAAUGAUUCACGAGGAGAUUCCAAAACUGUCAAUGGCAGCAAAAGUCCAAAUCUUGAGGCAAGAUGUAUUGCAAAAGCUGUUCUUGAUACCAUGACAGAGCUAGACCCUCUUGAUAGUCUUUUUGAUGAUGGUUCGCCCCAGGAGGAGAUUCACCAUCCCAACUCCCCCGACAAACCAUCAGGAACACAUAAUCGAAGCCACAGAAGAUCUCGCCGUAGGCGUCGUAUGCGUAAUCAUGAAGACCUUUCAAAGAUGGAUUGAUCGAUAUUUUCCUUUGCCUCUAGAAUAUUGCGUAGGGCUAAAGACAACAAAGAUGGAUUGUCUCUUUCAUGGAACUAAGCCUCUAAUUUUGCUGGUUCUUGUCACCUUUGGGACAUAACUGUUUUCUAUAUAAAAAUAAAAUUUAACUCUUCAUAACUGUUUCCUAUAUAAAAAUAAAAUUUAAGUCUUCAA